GCCUCCACCCACGCCACCGACAACAAACACCACAUCCUCCUCGCUGCCUCCGGCUCUGUUGCGACCAUCAAACUCCCCCUCAUCGCCGCCGCCCUUGCCGCCCACCCUACCGUCUCCCUCCGCCUCCUCCUCACCCCCUCCGCCACCCACUUCCUCCAGUCCCAAUCCGCUGAACAACCCGCCCUUGAGUCCCUCGCCGCUAUUCCCCGCGUCGAUGCCAUCUACCAGGACGCGGACGAGUGGACGGUCCCCUGGGUGCGGGGAAACAGCAUCUUGCAUAUCGAGCUGCGGAAAUGGGCGCAUGUUAUGGUGGUGGCGCCGAUGAGCGCGAAUACGUUGGCGAAGAUGGUGCACGGCGUGGCGGAUAAUCUUCUGACGAGCGUGAUUCGCGCGUGGGAUACGACAGGGUUGGUGGACUUGUAUCGGAAGAAGCUGAUACUGGUGGCGCCGGCGAUGAAUACGGCGAUGUGGGAGCAGCCGAUUACGGGGCGGCAGGUGGGGGUGUUGGAGGGGGAGUGGGGGGUGAAGGUGGGGGGAUGGGUGGAGUUGUUGCGGCCGCAGGAGAAGACGCUGUCAUGUGGGGAUACGGGGAAUGGGGCGAUGUAUGAGUGGACGGGGAUCGUGCGGGAGGUGGAGCGGAGGUUGGGGUUG